AUGCGUACCAAAAUCGAUAAUCGAAUUCGAAUAUUGAUUGAAAAUGGUGUUGCGAAAGGGCAUCGAAGUAUGUUCGUCAUCGUCGGAGACAGAGGAAGAGACCAAGUAGGGAUCUCUGUACUUCAUCAUAUUUUGACGAAAGCCACUGUUGCUGCUAGACCAACAGUUCUGUGGUGCUACAAAAAGGAGCUUGGAUACAGUUCGAAUAAGAAGAAACGAAUCAGACAGAUUCAUAUGAAAUCAUCUGUUAGCACAAUAUCGGGUGACCCAUUUGAAGUCUUCAUUUCAACCACGAAAAUUCGAUAUUGUUACUAUAACGAGACACAUAACAUCCUUGGAAACACUUAUGGGAUGCUAGUGUUGCAAGACUUUGAAGCGCUUACUCCCAAUUUGUUGGCACGAACGAUUGAAACGGUAGAAGGAGGAGGCGUAAUAGUGCUGCUGAUGAAAACCGUCAAUUCGUUGAGACAGCUUUAUACUAUAGCCAUGGAUGUGCACAAUCGUUAUCGUACUGAGUCUCACAGCGAAAUUGUUCCUCGAUUUAAUGAAAGGUUUAUUCUUUCAUUGGCUGCCUGCAAAGAUAUAGUCGUUGUCGACGACCAGCUCAAUGUUUUACCCAUAUCCAGCCACAUUUCGAAUUUGGAACGAAUAGAACCAUCUGCUAAGGUAAUGAAAAUUGGUCCUUCUGAAGAGGAGUUGAAGUCUUUGAAAGAGAGUAUGAAGGAUACUAAACCUAUCGGCCCGUUACUCAACAAAUGCCGAACAGCUUGUCAAGGAAAAGCAUUACUCAGGUUACUUGAUGUGGUUACCGACAAGGAUUUGAACGUCACUUGCUCGAUAACCGCUGCAAGGGGACGUGGAAAAUCAGCAUCGUUAGGCUUGUCAUUGGCAGGGGCUAUCGCUUUUGGCUAUUCCAAUAUUUUUGUGACCUCGCCAUCACCAGAGAACCUUCGCACGUUAUUUGAAUUUCUUGUGAAGGGUUUUGAUACAAUAGGAUAUCAGGAGCAUAUUGAUUAUGAACUUAUUCAAUCAACAAAUCCUGAAUUCCAGAAGGCUUUAGUUCGCGUUAAUGUCUUUAGAGAGCACAGACAGACCAUUCAGUACAUUCAUCCCUCUGAUGCUUCAAAAUUGGGCCAAGCUGAACUGGUUGUGGUUGAUGAAGCUGCUGCAAUUCCGUUACCACUAGUAAAGGAAUUGAUAUUUGGGCAACAUGUCGUUUUUCUUGCAUCUACAAUCAAUGGGUAUGAGGGUACAGGACGAAGUUUGUCAUUGAAGUUGCUUCAACAACUUCGGCAACAGUCUGUGGGUAGUGCCAAAGGAGAGAAAUUGGCAUCAAGCAAAGGUCGCAAGUUAUACGAACUAACCAUGGAGGAGAGCAUACGAUAUAAACCUGGUGAUGAGAUUGAACAAUGGCUUAAUCGUGUGCUUUGCCUUAACGCUGCCAAAAUUAAAACAAGCCUCUCUUGCGGCACUCCUCCUCCCAGCGAAUGUGAACUGUAUUUCGUAAAUCGUGACACAUUAUUUUCUUUCCACAAAGCAUCUGAAGCGUUCCUUCAACAAGUAAUGGCGAUUUAUGUAGCAGCUCACUACAAGAACUCACCAAAUGAUCUACAAAUGUUAAGCGAUGCCCCAGCUCAUCAUCUUUUCGUGCUGAUGUCGCCGGUAAAAGAGGAUCAGUCUUCUAUCCCGGAGGUGUUAGCAGUCGCUCAAGUUUGUUUGGAAGGUAAUCUUUCAAAGGACUUCGUGUCAUCAGCAAUGGAUAGAGGAAAGCGUGCUGCUGGUGACUUACUGUCGUGGACAGUUUCUCAGCAAUUCAUGGACCGUGAUUUCCCAACUCUUUGUGGGGGGCGGGUGGUGCGAAUUGCUGUCCAUCCCGAUUUUCAGUCUAUGGGUUAUGGUACCCGGACUCUAGAACUGCUUGAGGAGUACUAUCUAGGUCACGUGCCAUCACUUGAGGAGAAUGUAAAGGAGUCUGUGAAGACUGAUGGACAUACAGUUGAAUUAUUAGAAGAGCAAAUUGCUCCACGUGUUGAUCUUCCACCUCUUCUUUUGAGACUCAGUGAAAGGAAAGCGGAAUAUCUUGACUAUUUGGGAGCAUCUUUCGGCCUAACAUUAAACCUACUGAAGUUUUGGAAGAAAAGAGGUUUUGUUCCGGUUUAUUUACGGCAAACACCUAGCCCACUUACUGGUGAAUACAGUUGUGUGGUGCUGAAGCAACUUCACGAUCAGUCCGUUUCAUCAAAUUCAUGGUUGGCUGCAUAUUUCGCUGAGUUUCGUACACGACUACUUCCUUUGUUAUCAUUUGAAUUCCGUAAACUACCGAUAAAUGUUGGUCUAUCAUUGCUGCAGGUGCGUAACAAACAAGUAAAUGAAGCACUACAAAGGGAGAGGAAAGUGAUAAAUCGUGAACAACUCUCCAUGUUCCUGUCCAAUGCUGAUCUAAAACGACUCUCGGAAUUUGCACGUAACUUGGUAGAUCAUAGUAUGAUAACCGACUUGCUGCCUGCAGUAUCUCGACUGUAUUUUGGUGAACGAUUAAGGGAAAACGUCACUUUAUCGACGCCACAAGUUGCCGUUUUACUGGGACUCGGACUUCAACACAAAAGCGCGGAAACCGUACAUGAAGAGCUGGAUCUUCCUCAAAGCCAAAUUCUAGCACUUCAUUCAAAAACCAUUAGGAAAUUGGCUGAUGAAUUCGAUUCCAUGUGCAUGGAUGCUCUACGGAAUUUGAUCCCUGAUAAGGCACGAGAUCUAGACAAAGAGGAGCAGUUAAAAGCAGUCAGUCAUUUGAAACCACUGGCACAAAGUCUUGAGGUUGGAGAUUUGGCUUUCUUUUAA